AUGAUAUUACUAACCACGAAGAUACCAAUAUACUCUUCUUUCUCAACCCACACGUUAACUCCAGGCUCAUCUAUAUCAGUCGAAAACAAAGACCACCUUUUAGUUUCACCCAACGGUCUCUUCACCGCCGGUUUUCAUCCCGUCGGAGAGAAUGCUUGUGCUUUUGCCGUCUGGUUCUCGGAGAAACCCACAUCCGGUAGUCGCACCGUCGUCUGGAUGGCUAACAGAGAUACACCGGUAAACGGAAAGCGUUCAAAGCUAUCCUUAUGGGAAGAUGGUAAUCUUGUUUUGAUAGAUGCUGGUCAAUACGUUAUUUGGUCAACGCAGACGGAGUCAACGUCUUCCUCGGUGGAAUUACAACUUCAUAGCUCAGGUAACCUCGUGCUCCAUGGAGACGAAGGAGGACAAGAAGGAAAGCCUCUUUGGCAAAGCUUUGAUCACCCGACAGAUACCCUUCUUCCAAAUCAACUCUUCACUAAAAACACACAGCUUGUUUCUUCUAGAAGUGCAAAUAACUACUCUUCGGGUUUCUAUAAGCUCUUUUUCGACAAUGAUAGCAUUCUUCGACUUCUAUAUGAUGGUCCAGAAACAACCAGUGCUUACUGGCCUGAUCCUCGGAUAACAACUUGGCGAGGUGGGAGAUUUCAGUUCAUAGAGAGUCGCAUAGCAAAGCUUGAUUCGAAUGGUGAAUUCAUCUCAUCAGAUGGUUGCAGAUUCAAAUCAUCUGAUUUUGGGACUGGAGCACUACAAAGAAUGAUGAAGAUCGACAUAGAUGGUAAUCUAAGACUUUACAGUCUCAUUGAACACGAAAGAAGAAAGAAAUGGGAGGUAAAAUGGCAAGCGCUUUCACAUUCUUGCUGGAUCAAUGGAGCUUGUGGACCAAACAGUCUAUGUACAUACUCUCAUGUUUCAGUUAGGAAAUGCAAUUGCUUGUAUGGAUUCAAGAUGGUGAAUUCUCAAGAUUGGAGUUACGGGUGUGAACCUGAAUUCCAGCCAUGCACAAAAGACGAUUGUGGUUUCCUUGAGCUUCCCAAUUCGGAAUUCUAUGGCCACGACUAUGCAUUUUUCACUAAUUCCACUCUCGAUGCUUGUAAGAAUCGUUGUUUACAGAAUAGCACUUGCAAAGGGUUUCAAUUAGGAUGGAUUCUCGACAAGGGAUAUUUUUGUUUCUUGAAGGCUUCUUUACAUAACGGGUAUCAAAUGGGAAUCACCGGUUUGAUGUAUAUCAAACUCCCCAAAACUUUACUAUCAUCUUUCAAUCAGAAAACCACCUCAAAAUCGAGCUUCAGUUGUCCACCCCCUGUGCUCACGCCCUUAUUAAGAUCAUACCACAAAACACACGAUGUAAAGACGCUUGGAGUCAUGCUAGCGUUCGGAUGCGCAAUCGGGUUUAUCGAGAUCAUCUGCAUAGUGUUCUUCUGGUAUUGCAGCAGUAAACACUCAUCAUCCACAACCGACCAAAUCUAUUUUCCACCUGCAAUGGAGUUUAGAAGAUUUACAUACAGAGAGCUGAAAAGGGCGUCACGUAAUUUCAGUGAAGAGAUAGGGAGAGGUGGCGCUUCCGUUGUGUAUAAAGGCAAGUUAAUAGACAACAGGAUUGCAGCAAUCAAGAGGCUCAAAAGUAAUCAUCAAGGAGAAGCUGAAUUUCAAGCGGAGAUAAGUACAAUUGGGAGAGUGAAUCAUAUGAACCUGUUAGAGACGUGGGGAUACUGUGCAGAAGGAAAACAUAGGCUCGUGGUGUACGAAUACAUGGAGAACGGAUCAUUGGCUGAAAACUUGGGUGUUGAUAAACUUGAAUGGGCGACAAGAUUUGAUAUUGCAAUAGGAACUGCAAAAGGAUUGGCUUAUAUACACGAUGAGUGCUUGGAGUGGGUUCUACAUUGUGAUGUGAAACCCCAGAACAUACUGUUGGAUGCGAAUUUCAAUCCUAAGGUGGCGGAUUUUGGUUUAUCGAAGGUAUUGGAUAGAGGUAGUAUCGAUCAUUGGAAUUUCUCCAUGAUGCGAGGGACUCGAGGUUACAUGGCACCUGAAUGGGUGCUAAAUCAACCGAUUACCUCAAAAGUUGAUGUAUUUAGCUAUGGCGUUGUGAUUUUGGAGAUGAUAACUGGAAGGAGUCCGGCGAUCAAUCAAGAUGGGGAGAAUGAGAAGAUGCCUACAGUGAUCGAGUGGGUUAAAGAUAGGAUUCAAACGGUCAACGGGAGUCAAACUGGAUCUUGGGUUAAGGACAUUGUUGCGCCUUCAAUUAGAGGUGAAUAUGAUGAGACGAUGAUGGAAAAUUUGGUGAGAAUUGCAGUGCGAUGUACGGAUGAAGAUAAGGAGGCACGACCCUCGAUGAGGCAGGUGGUUAAUAUGCUUCUCCAUGUCUUUCAUGAAUAUGAAGAAUACUUGAAGAUAACUUGGGGGAAACCUAAAUGUCUAUCAACCAUGGCUUACUCCUCAAACCAAGUGCAGUCAGAUUUAUCAAUUCGGUCAUUUCAUAAAGAAGAAUAUCCCAUCAAUUCUCCCGGUUCAAAUAUUAAAGAUAGGGCAGAUGGAGAUUAUGAGUGUACCUAUUGGUACCACUGGCACGCUGGAGAAUUCACAACUACAACUUCAUGUCUUUUGAUAAUGGAAUCGGAAAAGAAUCUGGAAUCAUGUUGGGGGAGAGAUUGA